AAGAGUGCUGUACUACAGAGGGAGUUCCUCAUAAUAAGGAGGAGAGUUCGAGUUGGUUGGGUGUGGGGAUGGUUAGUAAAGCCUCGACAUGAGAAACCUCAACACAUUCCCGUUUUGGCUGUCUGAAACACAUAAUCUAAGACGCUUAAAUACCCUCAGUUGCAGCAAUGAGAAGGCGAAACCUGGAGAAGAUAUCUGUACUUCUCACCGGUGUUAUAUGCUUAGCAGUAAUCUUAAACAAAACCCACCUGGAAGAAAAUGGGGAAUUCAACAGCGUAGAUGCAUCUAAAGUAAUACGCAGUCAAAUUGAUGUAUCCUCGCCGUUACCUCCCCAACGUUCAGCUUGUGAACAGAAUGAGUCUGCUUCAAAAGUGGAUGGAUUUUCAACCCUGCCAAAUUAUAUCCAAGAUUUCCUGCUUUACCGCCACUGCAGGAGUUUUCCCAUGCUGUUAGACGUUCCUAAUAAAUGUGGUGGCCCUCAAAACUCAGCAGAUGUCUUUCUUCUUCUGGUCGUCAAGAGUUUGCCUGAAAAUUACGAUCGUCGUGAAGUCCUGAGGAAGACGUGGGCUCAGGAACGAACGUACAAGGGCGCAAAGGUCCGUAGGGUCUUCUUGGUCGGAACGUCCGGAACUACCUUUGAGAAAAAGAAGCUGAAUCAUCUUCUGAUGCUUGAAAACCGCGAACAUAAAGAUAUUUUACAGUGGGACUUCCAUGACUCAUUCUUCAACCUGACUUUAAAGCAGAUGCUGUUCUUGGAGUGGAUGGAACGGUGGUGUCCGCAAGCAAGAUUUCUCUUGAACGGCGAUGAUGAUAUUUUUGCCAACACGUUUAACAUGAUCGAAUUCCUACAAGGUCAGGAGGACAACGACGGAAGCAAACAUCUGUUUUCAGGGCAUCUCAUACAGAACGUAGGACCGAUAAGAGAACGCACAAGUAAAUACUUCAUCCCAGUGCAAGUACAGGAGUCUGAAAAAUAUCCGCCAUACUGUGGCGGUGGGGGCUUUCUUCUAUCCGGCUUUACGGCCCGAACGAUAUACAACAUGUCUCAUUCGAUUACACUGCUGCCCAUUGAUGAUGUCUACAUGGGAAUGUGUUUGGAAAGGGCUGGCCUCAAACCCGCGUCCCACUUCGGUGUAAGGACAGCCGGUCUAUCAUUGCCGUCAGCGGCCAUCGACCAACAUGACCCUUGCUAUUAUCGAGAAAUCAUUUUAGUCCAUAGAUUUUGGCCACUCCAGAUUGUUUUGAUGUGGAAUGAAAUACAAAACCCAAACUUAUAUUGUGGAAAGUCAAUGUUGUCAGUUUAAAUCAGUCCAUACUCCUAAAAACAGGAUCCGGUAUGUAUGGCAUUGUGCACUUUAUCUCUAACAUUGCAACUGAAACUAAUGCAACUGAUUGUGCACUCAUAUUAGUUACCUUGUGGUAACUCAUAUCUUUUUAUCUGGCCUUUUUUACAUAUCAUUUUAAUACAGCAAUUCCACGUAAAGAGGUUGAAUAAGAGACAGUAGUGUAUUAUCAAAGAGGACACAGUUUCAGCUCGUUGACUCAUGAAAACAAAUAGACUUUCACUGUACUGUUGGAAACAAGCCAGGAGGCUUUUAUAUAGAUCCAGAAACUCUGAAUAUGUAAGAGAUUGUUUUGUAUGUAAGAUAUUGUAUGUAUGUUGUCUUUAUAGUCUGUUUGAUAUUUGAUGUUUCUAAUUUAUUAGCUUGUUUGUGAUGUUUUAGAUGUGUUGUAGUUAAAAAGAAUUCAUAAAAAAUAGUGAUUUAUGUUUUUAUCUAUAUCUUUUUGUACAAAGUUUGCAAAAACCUUAUAUACAAUAAUGCCUUUAAUGGCAAGCAAGUAAAUGUUCGUGAAGUAGUAAGGGUGAGCGGGGCACAAACUAACACGGGUUUAGUAAUUGUAACAGAUCUUUAUCAUACUGUACUAUAAUUACACAGGGCCGAGCAAUCUGAGCUUAUGGUAUUUUAUCUUACUGUAAGAAGGCGUCUCCCAUGAAUUUGUGCAAAGUUUUGAUUUGUUUUUGUUAGGAUGUUUUGACUGCAUGAAAGUACAUUUCUUCAUCAAAUAUUUUUUUCCAAUUUCUACACUGUAAAAAGUACUUUGCUGCCUUAACAUUUUUUUGUUAAAUCAACCCAGAUUUACAAGUCAUGUCAACAACAAUGACUUAUAAAACUUAUUGUCACAACUUAUAAAAUAUAGUUGAGAAAAGUCAACUUAAAUUUAUAAGUUAUAACAACUCACCUGUAGUUAUAAAAACUCAUCUCUAGUCAAGAUAAAUAAUAGUAAGUUGAAAUGACUUGUAAAUCUAAGUUGAUUCAACAAAAAAGUCUUUUUUAUACUGUGUACAUUUUUUGUGGCCCUUUUAAAAAUAUCUAUAUGCAUUGAUGUGUGGUAUAGAUAGAUGUACAAACAAUAUCCAUACACUGUAAAAACUCCUUGUCGCACUUAAAUGUUUAAGUUUAAACAACUUGAAUUCAUUUUUUUGACUAAUUAAAAGUUGCUAUAAAUUAUAAAAAAAUAAGGUUGGAAAAAAUCCAUUCAACAGUUUUUUAUUGAUACCAACUCGUCAAGAAAGUUUAAAUGAAUUGUUAAUUCAACACUGAAAAUAAUUAUUCAAUUUACUCAAUUUUUUUUAGGUAAGUGGUCGCAAUCAAUUUAUCUAAGCUACAUUUAAACAAAAAAAUUUAGAAAAACAAAACACUUUUGUUUGAAUGUAGCUUAAAUAAAUUGAUUACAACCACUUACCUUAAAAAAAAUUGGUAAAUUGAAUGAAUCGUUUCAGAAGUUGUAUAAGUGCAACAAGGAAGUUUUCAUUGUAUAGACAGCAUAGUAUUGAAAUAUUUGAGUUAAAAAAAAAAUUUCUAGAAAGUGUUACAACAAACCCCUUGUCUGUUACAAUGAACCCCACACCUAUGGUGUAAGUUGUAACAUUUGCACUUCUGUCAUUUUUUGUGUAAUUGUAUGAGAAUGAUAGAAACAAACUUUAAGUGUUCAUUUGUAGAUGUGUUGUUUGUUUGUUUGAAAAUAUGAUUAAUCUAACUUGAAUAUUUUUUGAAUGAUUGAGCUAAAACCGCGCUCACCUACUGAUUUUUUUCUGCUGUAUAUAUUUUAAAGUGUCCUUGUAAAUGUGUAAAUAUACAUUUAAGUGCUAAAUAAAAGAAAUUAACAUAUGA